AUGCUCUUUAUUUUAAUUUUUCUUGUAACAAAUUUAUUUUGUUUAAAUAAAAUUUCUGCAAUUAAACAACAACACGUGGAAAAAAUAGCAGAUUUUCUUUUGGUUAAUGAAAACGUUAAAACAAAAGUUUAUGUUGAAGGUUGGAAUACUGAAAGAGGAAUAAGCAUAAAUGUGGCAAAGAAUUUCGAAAUUGGUUUGAAUGAAAUUGAAAAAACUAUGAGUGAUAGAAAAGAGUUUGAAGAUUUUUUAGAAAAUACAAAAAAUUUAUUUAGAUCCGGGGAUGAUGGGCGUGUUUUGAUUGUUAAAAAUAUUUGGAGAAAAAAUAAGGAUUAUAAAAAGGAUUAUUUGAUUUUAUCUUCAAAUUAUCAGAAAAAGCUUGGUAAGUAA